AUGUCACAGUCUAACAACCCGACUCCGCCUGUGCCAACAAACACUCAAAUCACCCAAAAUUUGAAGCGCAAGCUUGGCCAGAGGAGCCCCAAGCCAUUACCCCUGGACCAGGUGAAAGUUCGAAGCGCGACAGAAAUCAUGAGCCAUGUUGAGAUUCCAGACAGGCAAAAUUUCUUGAGAGGUCACUCAUGCGAAAAUGAUGUUGCGGCGCAGAAAUCGCGGAUCCCCAUGGAAGGCCGGAACGGCUAUGCAAUGGCAAAUGACACAAGCACCCCAUACAAAUAUUCUCAAGGACCUUCUCACCCGAUACUGCAAAAUCUUCCUAACUCGUCAUCAAAGUCACAGCCUAAUCAUACGGUAUUCCGCCCGCAACAAGGGCCACUCCCGAUCAUGAAAUCUUCUCAUAUGAGAGAGAAAAUCCAGGAACAAUUUAGUCUAGAGAUCAUGAUCAAACAUCGGGAAUUGCGUCUAAUCGAGCAGGAAAUCGCUAAAUGCCAAGUUGCUAUGGAGCAACUUCGGAGAUGCCACACAGUUCCUUAUCGAGUGUUUCCUUCGAACGCUCACGAUUUGAUAGCAGCGCGUACAACCUCCGGUGAAGCUUUCCGCAACACAGCGCCGUAUGCUCCACCAUGGGGUGUCAUCGAUGGACCAUACUCACAUCACUAUGAGACUUGGUUGCUGUAUGAUCCUGCUUUUCAUGAUUCGAUCGGCGAAGAAUCUCGAACUCCUGCUCCGGCUAGCAAGAGAUUACCAGAUCGGCUGACCAGGGGAUUCCAUCCAGAGAAAGGACUUUCUGGAGGACAAUCACGAACACAACGUGGCUCUGCGGGUCGACUCAAGGCACUACCGCAGGGUUAUCCAGAGCCCAGAGAGGAAAAAGGCCCCAUGAUAGUGAAACGGAAAUCCGAUCAUCAUUUGGUGAAGCUCGUUUGCUUGGAUUGCCGUCGCUUUAAUUUCAACAGUGUCCAAGGUUUCAUCAACCAUUGUCGAAUUGCGCACGCUCGACAGUUUGCGAGUCACGAUGUCGCAAUUGAGGCAAGUGGAGAGGAGAUCAAUGCAGAGAUCGAAGGCGGAGUGGUCUCAGAGUCGAGUACUCAGCUGGGUGCGGCUAGCGCCGGACUUGUCCAUCCAAUGAUUCGAUCAGCAAGACCACCACCAUCAGACCCACCAAGAGCGGUCUUAUCGCCCUCAGUAGAGAGGUUGGAUCCUUUAAGCGCAUCGACGCCUGCUCCUUGUAGCUCAAACAGUUCUAUCACGCCAAGCGCUUUGCCAUCUACGGCAUUGAAUCCAUCUCCUCAAACACCACAUUUGUCUGCACUGUUUGCAAGAAAUGGGCGGGGUGGUGACCUUGAUGAAAUAGUUACAGACGCAAAACAGCGGAGCGAAAUCGACUUGAUCUUGCAAAUGGAAGAGGAGGAGUCAUCGGACGGUGAACCAGAUGAGCCUGCCACUCAAAGCCGAAGUACAAGAGGCCCUGCGCAAUGCAGUGUCAGGCCUGUGACUUCGACAGCAGCUGUCUUAAUGGGCGGCUCCAGCUGCAGACAGGCUGAGCACGUACAAAGUCCCAGUGCUAGCUCCCGAGUGACUCCAGCGGUUCGAUCUCCCGUAUAUUCCUCCUCUUUCAGCGUCGCAUCGCCUGGUUAUGACGAGCAGGGCGGUCCCAUAGCCGACAUGACUCCCUCAAGCUUCAGUCCAAACACUACAGACCCUCAUCCUGCGCCCAGUCUCGUCUCCGAUGACGGUGAUCUUGACAACACUCACUCUGAAUCUGAAGCAUCCAGCCAACCCGACAUAGACGAGCACCAUGAUCACUACCUCCACCCUAUGUUUAACCACGAUGACUUAGAACUUGGCGAAAGCAACGGUUUCGAUCUCGCUCACGAAAGCAAGGAUCCUAGCUCGACAAUAAAUCGUCGAUCUCGUCCCUCAACUUCUAUUCACCGAAAUGGCCGGGAGGAGCGGCAUGUAACGUUUGUAAGCCCUGUGAGAAGUGUUAGGAAAGAUUCAAGGCAUUUGGCGGAGUAG